CGCUCCCACGGGCUUUAUAAAAGCGAAGAGCAUCAGGAGCGGAGACAGCCAAGCAGUCCCCGAUCGGGUAAACUUAGCUUCAAGAUCUUCCAUCUAUUCUCUCGUCCCUCUCUUAAUGUCUUCAAGAGUCAACAGCCCCAGCGACAUGAACUCCCACUGCAACGGAAAGGUCGGCGACACCGUGGAGGAGUUCCACUGCAACAACAGCUUCAGCGACCUCAUCAUAGACACCAAGAAAGCAGCCGUCGUGCACCGCAAGCACGAGACGUCCCGCAAAGAGGCCGAGGACGAGUCUCGCUUACCUGCGCUGGAGGCAGCCUACACCAACAUCCUGCGGCAGCUGGGGGAGGACACGGACCGGGAGGGGCUGCUGCGCACGCCGUUGCGCGCUGCCAAGGCCAUCCAGUUCCUCACCAAGGGCUACCACGAGACCAUUGAAGACAUCUUAAACAAUGCCAUAUUUGAUGAAGACCAUGAUGAGAUGGUGAUUGUGAAGGACAUAGAUGUGUUUUCUCUGUGUGAACAUCACUUGGUGCCCUUCUUUGGAAAGGUUCACAUUGGGUAUAUUCCAAACAAAAAAGUGGUGGGACUGAGCAAGCUAGCAAGGAUUGUGGAAAUCUAUAGUCGAAGGCUUCAAGUUCAAGAGCGUCUAACUAAGCAGAUUGCUCUGGGGAUAUCUGAGGCUUUGCAGCCAAAAGGCGUAGCUGUGGUUGUAGAAGCAGCGCACAUGUGCAUGGUAAUGCGUGGUGUCCAGAAGAUGAAUAGCCGCACGGUGACGAGCACCAUGCUGGGAGUUUACCUGGAGGACCCCAAGACCCGGGAGGAGUUCUUGACUCUUUCAAUGCGUGCCUAAGAAACCUCAAGCACCACAUGCUCCUGAGCCCUUUGCAUACAGCAGCCUGCAGAAAGCUGUGGAAUGACUGUGGGUCUGCAUGUGACUUUACUUUUAAGAACACACAGACCAAUAACAGAAGGCAUAAAGUUGCUCCAAGACCUCCAGCUUUGAUCUAACCUCGAUACACUGAAGCCUAAAGGAUUUCCGUCCUGUGGCUGAAAUCCACUAUUUGAAAUCACUGUGAACACAACACAUUUGUGGUGCCUUUGGUAGAUAUUUUACAGUCUUACAUGGCAAUAUUGUUGUUAUGAAGUAUGACAUCUAAGUGCAAUAUUGUAACGUGACAAUACUUAAGAUUUUAAUUUUCCAUUUUUGAUUAUUUUUUCUUUCCCUGGUGGGACUUUCAUUUGUGCUUUUCUGUGUGUUAUAAUUGUAUGUAGAUCCACUGAUUAACACAGUUUAACAAAGUAUGUGUCAUUUAUAAAUGCAUUUUUAAAAUAUUUGUAUGAUAUGACAUUUUAAGGUUAAAAAAAUCUAAUGAAUAUAUCUGUAGGCUAAAGGGUUUAGCUAAUGAAUGUUGAUGUAUGAUCAUUGGCUAUGCUAUAAUGUAU